GAGAGCGGGUCGAGCGACGGUAACGCGUCGGGCGGUGAAGCAUCUCUAUGGGUGGAGCAGCGAGAUCCAGCUGACUGACUGAGCCAUCGACCUGUCGCUGCUUGUCGGGGAGAGGCCGCCACCGAGGUCCCAGCAAGCUGAGGACGGAGCUGUUGCCGGGACAUGAGGCCGCGGUAGCGGCAUGUACACAAUUCCAGUCUGUUGUGAAUUAGGAGAGUUGACCUGCUUCCUUUUUCCUAUGAAAGUGGUUUGUCAAUAGAACAGACAGAACAGAAAAUGCUCCCAGGGGUUGGUGUGUUUGGGACAGGGAGCACUGCACGGGUUUUGGUCCCACUGUUGCGUGCUGAAGGCUUCACCAUCCAGGCACUCUGGGGAAGAACAGAGGAAGAAGCCAAGCAGCUGGCAGAGGAAAUGAACAUUUCCUUCUACACAAGCCGGACUGACGAUGUUUUGCUCCACCAAGAUGUGGAUCUGAUCUGCAUCAAUAUUCCUCCACCUCUCACAUGCCAGAUUGCUGCCAAGGCAUUAGGUAUUGGAAAGAAUGUGAUCUGUGAAAAAGCUGCUACUUCGGCGGAUGCCUUCAAAAUGGUGAAAGCAGCUCGUUACUAUCCUAAGCUCAUGAGUAUUGUUGAUAAUGUCCUUCGGUUCCUGCCAGCAUUUAUCAAAAUGAAACAGCUAAUUGAAGAAGGCUACAUUGGUAAUGUCAUGAUCUGUGAUGUACGUGUUUAUUGGGGCAGUCUUCUCAGCAGCAAGUACAACUGGAUUUGUGACGAGCUGAUGGGUGGAGGUGGGCUUCACACAAUGGGCACCUACAUUGUAGACCUUUUGACUCACUUGACCAAUAAGAAAGCCGAGAAGGUCCAUGGCCUCUUGAAAACCUUUGUUAAGCAAAAUGACAACAUCCAUGGUAUUCGGCACGUCACCAGUGAUGAUUUCUGCUUCUUCCAGAUGUUAAUGAACGGAGGUGUGUGUAGCACAGUUACACUCAAUUUUAAUAUGCCUGGCCCAUUUAUUCACGAAGUCAUGGUUGUGGGAUCUGCAGGACGUUUGGUUGCUCGGGGCACAGACCUGUAUGGCCAGAAAAACACCACCUUCAAAGAGGAGCUGCUGUUUGCUGACACCAUGUUAGUAAAUGCAGUUGGAGUGCGGGAGAAGGCAUUUGGUGAUAUUCCCCUCUUGUAUUUGAAGGGCAUUGUUUACAUGGUGCAAGCCUUGAGUAAGUCUUUUAAGGAUCAGGAGGACCGGCGCACUUGGGCUCACAAGCCGGUUUCUAUGGCUGCUUCGUUUGAGGAUGGUCUUUAUAUGCAAAGUGUUGUGGAUGCUAUUAAGAGAUCCAGCAGAUCUGGAGAAUGGGAAGUCAUUGCUGUGAUAGCAGAAGAACCUGACUCCAAUCAGAAUUUAUGUGAUGCCUUGCAACGUAAUAAUCUAUAAUAAACUGCUGCGUUGUAAUAGAGGAGACAAAUCCAUCAAGAUCAAUUCAAACUAAUAUUGUUUUAGGGUACCAAAAAUAAUUUUUUGCAAGUAAAAUAAGGGUAUUGUGCUCUUACUGUGCUGUUUUCUGUUGAUUGCUGCUCUUGUGUUCAGGUCAGACCUAUGUGGAAUCACCAUAUUCUGCUUUUUUAAACAUUCUAAUUUUUGAUUUCCUUUCAACAUGCUGUCAUUUAACAGUGGUUGACGUUCAAAGUAUGAAAACAUUUAGACAUAAUACGUAUGUGUUUUGGUGAUUCCUAAAUUCACUCAGUGUAAAAUUAAUAUAUUCAACACUGCAAUAUCAAAAUUUACUCUGGGGGAAAAUAAAAAAUUCAAAUGAGGUUUCCAUUGGAAAGGUGACACUGAAAAUUGUGGCUGGUUGUAUAUUGUGUACUGUAUUUCCUUGUUUAGCAUUGUUGCUUGACUGUGUGCAUUUUUAGUUUGGUAUUCCAAGAGAAACCCAACAUCAACUUGAAGAUUUCCCCCCUUCUCAUUGUUUAACUUGCAUGCAUAACUAAUGUGAUGGUGACCAUACUGCCAAUUUACAAAUGUAAGUUUGCCGAGGCUGAAUAAUUCCCUGUGGUUUGCAGCCAAAAUGGAUUCUGACCUUUGCAUCAGUGAGUGAUGUCUCUGGUAUAGAGUUUCCAGUAAGGAAAUCUGUUGGUGUGUUUUAGAGACACAGUUCUCUCUCCAAUUACUUUUGUUAGUUGGGUUAGCAUAUUCACAGAGAUUUUUAAGUUCUUCUGGCAUGAAAUAUUUAAAUUCAACAGGCUUGCACUAAAUUUUGGUAAGUGAAAUGGAACUCUGAAGAUACGAAGUCAUUCACAGUGCUACUUUAGGGGAUGGGGGGAAGGGGCAAAAGGUUGAUGAAGAUGGUGGUAGGUAACAUCUGCACCACUGCCAUCUUUAGGGAGAUACAAACCAGCUGUCCAAACGCUAAUUUGUCCAGUUGAUGGCCAUUGUUUUUCUCUUCUACUCUUACUGUGAUCAUCUCAUUACAGAACAUUCUUUAGUAUUUAAGCAAUUACAAAAAGAGUUUUGGUUGUUUAAUACAAUGUUUACAAACUGAUGUUUCUGUUCAACUUUUUAUUUUAUGAAGCUGGCUACUGAUAGGACUGGGUGUAAAAUAGUGAGCAGCAGAUUGCAUAUAAGAAUAGAUUGUUUAUUUCCAAAUCUGUAAGAGAUUAGCUUAUGAAAUCAUUAGAAUUAAAUGCUGCAGGGUGUGGCAUUCUUGUUCAAGGUUUUCAGAAUGUAUAUCCUGUAUUUGAAAAAGCAUUGCAAAAAUGGCUGGGAUGUUUUUGUAAUAUGCUUUUUUUCCACUUUGUAAUAUGGAAAAUUACCAAGUAUAAUUUGUUUUAUGGACCUGUAGGUCUUGGCUUUUAAAUUCAAGUUGUACGAUAUUUUUGUCAUAGUUUUAAAAUUUUAAAUUUAGUUUUCCAAACUUUGUAUAUGUUGAUUACAUAGAUAUUUAUUAUGGUAUUAAGUGAUUUUAUUAUAACAUGUUUGCUUUGCAGGACUGUUCAAGAUGGGAAGUGAAUUGAUGUUUAACUAUUACAGCUAGGUUGUUUCAUUGAAAUAGUUGAACUGUGCAGAGAAUAGGUUACCUAUAGAUAUUUAUUUUUGGUUAAAAAUUCAGAUGUGGGUUAUUUAUAUUAAGGUUUUUUCAACUUAUAGGGGCUCAGAUUAAACUUGAUUUCCUAUGUGAAAUGCUUAAAAGUUUAUUUAACAAUUUUGUUAAUGUAUUUGUAGUAACUUUGUAAUAUGGGUUUGGGGAAAUAGAUUUGUGUCCAUGUGUCUUUUAUGUUUGGCUCGUAUGGUUUUAUUAUACAAAACAAAAGUGCUUUUAUCAAUAAUAUGGUUAUGGACACAAAACUGUUCAUUGGGAUCCUUUUAGGUGGUGGUGUUCAAGCAGUGCAAGUAAAGCAUAAAAUGAAACAUUGACAAAACAAUGUCUAUCUUUAGUUUGAAUACUGUUCUGUUCUGCUCUGCAUGUAGGGAAGACAGGACAUGUUGUAUUUGGAAAUGUGCCUGUUACAUACUCUGUCUCUCUAGUACUAGUAUGUUAUUAAAAGUUGAAAGUUUCUGAGCCAGAAGUCUAUUUACUCUGAAAAAUAAAAAUAUUGCAUUUUAAAACUGA